GCUUGCAUCCCGUUCAUGGGGCAAACGGACGCACACGAUCAUCUCAUCAUUUUCUCUGAUAAUGAUCUCACACCCUCCUUGCUGUAUUCCAGAGGAGCAUCUGAACUGAUCGAUGUCCUUCUCGAAACUAUCCGGUCCCGGAUAUGGAUUCCACGUGGUAUCCUGUACCCAUCAUCCAACCCGCAAGCAGAGACACCAUCCCAUCCUUCUCCCUCUGCUUUCUUCCCCUCAUCCCCCGCUCCACCCCACAAAUUCCCCCCUCAAAAACCCUCCGAGAACCCCUCUAAUCUCCUCCUCCCCGUUAUUCUUCCUAUCGAUCAUUCUGUAGAAAUGGCAUCGGUUGCUUGGCCGGCCGGGCACACCGGUCUCUGCUGUUCCUGCUCUUCCUCUCCUUCUCCUCGUAUUCAUCACUCUUCUCUCCUCCACGCCAAAACCCUAGCAUCAUCACCAACCACGAUAUCCGGAUUCCUCUAUUCAGACUUCCUCGGAUGCGCAAUCCGGUCGAUGAAACCAAAGAUUUCCUCUCAAUCCAACAACCAGAGCAUUGCCGUUCGGAUGUCCUGGGACGGACCCCUCUCCUCCGUCCGCUUGAUAAUCCAGGGCAAGAACCUCGACUUGACGGCGCCGGUGAAGAAGCACGUCGAGGAUAAGGUGGGCAAGGCGGUGCAGAAGCACAGCAACCUGGUCAGGGAGGUCGACGUGCGGCUCUCCGUCCGCGGCGGAGAGCUCGGCAGAGGCCCCCGGGUUCGGAGAUGCGAGGUUACUCUGUUUACCAAGAAGCAUGGGGUGGUUCGGGCGGAGGAGGCUGCGGAGACGCUCUACGGGAGCAUAGACUUGGUGUCGUCGAUCAUCCAGAGGAAGUUGAGGAAGAUCAAGGAGAAAGAGUCGGAUCAUGGGCGACACAUGAAAGGGUUUAACCGGCUCAAGGUUCGGGAACCGGAGGCUCAGGGAAUUAUCGGGAAGGACGAGGAAGAGGACCAGGAUUUGGUAGGGUUGGCACCUGAUCAAGCGGAUGGUGAACCUUUGGGCAAGGUUGUGCGUACGAAAUAUUUCGACAUGCCACCACUGACAGUUGAAGAGGCCAAGGAGCAGUUAGAGAAUGUUGAUCAUGAUUUCUAUGGUUUCAGAAAUGAAGAAACUGGUGAGAUAAAUAUUUUGUACAAGAGAGAAGAGGGGGGAUAUGGAUUGAUAAUUCCUAAGGAUGAUGACGAUGACGAUGAUGAAGUGCAGAAGCCUGAUACGGAGGCAGUGGGGGCUGCAGAAGAUCCCUCUGUUGCAAAGCAGUUAAGUGGAUAAUGCUGCAGAAUAUCCUGCAAAAUAGUGUUGUAUCCCGCCGUACGCCUCAACUAUUUCACCAUGGAAUUACUACAGCCGCUAAUUGUCGGAUUCUGCUCUUGAAGAAUAAUUUUGGAGCUGUUAAUGUUGUAUGAACGUGCAGUACUUGUUCUGCUGGUCUUGUCAUACUGCAGACAGGCAACUGGAACCAUAACCCUGAUUUCAAUUGUAUCAUGCAUAGUUUAUCAACUGACGCAGACAAGAUUGUAUAUUUGUUUCGAUUCUGACUUCCACAAACAGAUAUUUAAAAAUGAGCAGUGCUUAAAUGGUUGGUUUUCGAAUUCA